AUGACCACUUCGGCCGCCUCCCGUCCGGGUUCCGGCGACUGGUCGCGAAACGCCCUGUCGAACGGCAAUCGACCGGCACCAUCCGAGUCCGCUACCGUGUCUGUAUCGGGCUCCACGCCGUCCAUCCUGCAGACAUCGGAGGAGUCUUUCCGCCUCGAGGGCAGCGCGGCAGGCGAAGAGUCGUUCUCUUCCCCUGCUUCCUCUUCCGAACCCGUCAACGCCAACAACUCGGCUGUCGUUGGCCGAGACGAACGCGCUCGGGGCGACCAGGACGGUGUCGGUGCCGAUGGUGCGACCCCGGAGGACCUCCACGCCAAGAUAGAGAAGAAGCGCUUCGAGCACGAGCAGCAGCGUGCGCUUCAGCGAAAGGCGUUUGAGCAGCAAAUGGCUCUGCUGGAGAUGCAGCAGCAGGAGGAGGAGCGGACCUUGCUGGAACAGCAGCAGCUGAAGGACCGAUCAGGGCGCGCUCAGCUCGAGGAUGUCAUCAACAGCAACAGCGUCGCUGCAUCCGCUCCGACGACCCCGCUCCGAGAGACCAACGGCGCCUCUCGGCACCAGCAGCUGCUCGGUGCCCGCCAGACGAUCGAGGCACGACCUCACGGCCCUACCUUGCUGGGUGCGAUGCCGUCCCACUCCGAGCCCGAGGAAGGCCUCAACGGCAGCAAUAGCCAGGACGGCCACCCCGACACCGCUCCGCAGGGCAGGCUCGCUGCCGCCCUCGCGAGUCAGCGCCGAGCGACCCCGCAGCAGGACCUCUCCGGCGCUUUCGACAAGAUGGUCCUCAGCUCGGGUCCCCGCGGUGGCCUAGCGGCCGCCCAUCUGCGGGCGCAGCUCGCCCAGCAGGAUGCACCGCGAUCGUCGAGUGCCGCACCCCUGACUUCUAUCCGCUCGAGCGACUCGGCUGCUACCACACAGGCCCCAGCCGUCGCCCAUCCAGGCCAGAACUCUGCCCAUCAGCACAGCGGCAGCGAAGGCUUCACCCCUGUCUUCAACGAGCGCUUCCUCUUCGACGACGAGCUGGACAACGAAGACUCUGCCUUUGUCAAGCGGUACAACCUUCACGAGGAUGAUGACAAGUUCCCGAUCCUCGUCCGCCGUGACAGCUUCCCCGACGUGCUCUCGGCAUCCUCUGCAGCACUGGACCUUGCACCUCUCUCGCAGGCCGCCAGAAACGCGCGCGUCGGCAGCGUCGGCGGCGGCAGCGGCAGCGACCCGACCGAGUGGCCCAACUUUGGUAGCGGCGGUGAUGGAGGCCAACGUGAUCGAAAAGCGCGCCAUGGACAGGGCGAAACGGUCGCUGGUGGUAGCGGAGCUGGCAACGGGGGCGAGGUUCACAUCGCGGACGGCCCCCGCCGCAGUGCUGGCGGCGGCGAGCCUGAGCGUGCCUCGCCCUCUGGCACCAUCUCGCGGGGCCCCGGAGCCAACGCUUACCCUUUGCCCUCGCCCUCGCCCCGCAUCCCUCAGGCCGGCAGGGAUUCUCCUGCCAUCCACGUCGGCUUCACCGCUGCUGCGGCCGCCUCUCGUGGCAGCGGCGCUGGGCCCGUGUCGCCCACUCCCGUCGGUGCGGGCUCCGGCAGCUUGACGAACGGAUCGCGCUUUGCCAGCCACAUGAGCCAGCCCCACGACUUCAUUGGUCAUAGCGACUUUGACCCGUUGCAGCCGCAGCAGCCCAACCCAGCAAGGAAAAACGAUGGCGGCGGUGGCAGCAGCCUCAAGCCGCAUGUCCUCGGAGCGGCGCGCGACGGUAGCAGCAGCUUCCCGAGUUUCAGCCUGGGAGCCUUUUCAAAUGCUUCCGGGGGAAGCGAGAGCCCCAGCCGUUUCGGUCCCUAUUCCCCGGCAGCCUUCGACGCCGAUUCCACUGGUCGUGGCGGCAGCAACGGCAGUCGUCCCAACUCGGGCUUCUUUGACGCGUUCAACCCGGCCGCACCGGCAGCGGCAGCCCAUCACCACCACCACGCGGUGUUCGGGCCGGUCCCUGGCCUGCCCAUCGCCGGCAGUGGUGGUGCCGCAAACCUCAAGCAUGCUCGCAAGGGCGGUAAUGUAGUCAGCGGCGCUGCAGGCGGUGGCGGCGAGCUCGAUGCCGCCACUCGGCUCGAAGACUUGCAGGGCGAGAUCUUCGCCCUCUGCAAGGACCAGCACGGCUGCCGCUACCUCCAAAAGAAGCUCGAGGAAGGCCUGCCCAGUCACCGCGACAUGAUCUUCGCCGAGACCUUUCACCACUUCGCCGAGCUCAUGACGGACCCGUUCGGCAACUACCUCUGCCAGAAGAUGCUCGAGUACUGCACCGACGACCAGCGCAACCGGAUCGUCGAGUCUGUCGCGCCGGAGCUCGUCACUAUCUCGCUCAACAUGCACGGCACCCGCGCCGUGCAGAAGACGAUCGACUUCCUUUCGACCUCACGACAGAUUCAUUCGAUCAUUAUGGCGCUCUCGAUGAACGUCGUCACGCUGAUCAAGGACUUGAACGGUAACCACGUCAUUCAAAAGUGCCUCAACCGCCUGGGUGCCGAGGAUAACCAGUUCAUCUACAACGCCGUCGCCGCUCACUGCGUCGAGGUGGCCACCCAUCGCCACGGUUGCUGCGUGCUGCAGCGCUGCAUCGACCACGCCUCCGACAGCCAGCGCAUCCAGCUCGUGGCCGAAAUCACCUACAACGCGCUGACGCUGGUGCAGGACCCGUUCGGCAACUACGUCGUCCAGUACGUGCUGGACCUCUGCGACCAGCGCUUCACCGACGCCGUCAUCCGCCAGUUUGUCGGCAAUGUCUGCCUGCUUUCGGUGCAGAAGUUCAGCUCCAACGUCAUCGAGAAGUGCAUCCGCGUGUCGGACCCGUCGAUCCGAAAGCAGCUGAUCGAGGAGCUGCUAAACCGAUCCAAGCUCGAGAAGCUGCUUCGCGACUCGUUUGCAAACUACGUGGUGCAGACCAGCCUCGACUACGCCGAUCCAGUCCAGCGCAUGCGCCUCGUCGAGUGCAUCCGGCCCAUCUUGCCCGUGAUCCGCAACACGCCGUACGGCAAGCGGAUCCAGAGCAAGCUGCAGCGCGACAAUCUCGACCUCGGCCCAUCGGCCGGUGGCGGUGCCGGCGGCAUGCCCUUCUCGCUGCUCCAGCAGCAGCACCAUCACCACCACCACCACCAUCACCAGCAGCAGCAGCUCCACGCCAUGGCCGCCAUGGCCGCCAACCGCCAAGGUCCCUCGGGCAAUCCUAGCGACUUCCUUGGGAUCAAUGCCUACGGACAGCCAGGCUUGCAUUCUCUGCCGCCGCCGCAUCACCAUCCCUACCCGCAGGGCUUGCACCAUCAGCAGCCGGGAGGUCGAUCGCUCGGGCACCAGCCGCAGCUUCACAUGGGCCCGCCGGCGCACCACCAGCACCAUCAGCACCACCCCCACCAGCUCUAUGGUGCGGGCGCUGGAGGGCCUUCCCAGCACCACCCUGCCCAUCCCAGUGCCAACCACGGCCUUCCGCCGCCCCUUAACUUUUCCAGCCCCUCGACACAUUCCCUCUACGGCGGCGGGCUCAACCAAUUCCAGGGUGCCGCCCCGCAUCAUCCACCGAUGGGCGUCCACGGGGCCCCUUCGGGCGGGUUUCCGAGCAGCUCCAGCGGCGGGUUCGGGCCCUAUUGA